CUGUCAAAAAAAAAGUUGUCAGUCAGUCAGUCAGUCAGUCAGUCAGUCAGUCAGUCGUGAGUGAAAGUUAAGAAAAAAAGUGUAAAAAGAGAGAAUAAUGAAAGGAAGGAAAAUAGAGAGAGAAAAGAAAAAAGUGAAAGGAAAGAUGUUAAAAAAGUACGGCACAAAACAUCUAACAAUUGGUAUGAAACCAAAAGACGUGACUGCUGGUGAUGUGGUGGACCUCAAGCGGCGUUUUAUUGCACUACGAUCGUGUUAUGCCUACAACUCCAGUCACAAGAUAAAGGAUUAUCAAGAUGAACCCAUUGCUGAAGGCUUUUAUGAAUUUGAAUUUCUCAAAGUUAAACAUCCCGAAAUGUAUUUAGUAGAAAAAGUAUUGAAAAGACGCGGUAAUCAACUGUAUGUUAAAUGGUUAGGAUUUGAUAAUACGCACAAUAGUUGGAUAGAUAAUACAGAUUUGUAAUCAACGUUAAAUCAACAUUAUAGCCACGUUAAAUCAACGUUAAAUCAACU